AUGUGGAGGCAUCUGGUCGGGGGUACGCCAGUUUCUGAAGACUCCGUCCCAACGAAUGGGCGUGGGCGCAAGAAGGGCAAAGGGAAGAAUACCAUCGAAGAAUUACCUGCCAUUGUUGGCAGGAAGAGGAAGCACAGGAUGAAGUCCAUGUCAGUGACGCCAAGCAUUGCUGACGGUGACGACGAUGGUGGGAGGGAACAGCAGUCCAAUCACCUCCCCCCCCCACCUCCGCCUCAGGGCCUCAAGGCUAUGGAAGAUGCUGACCUCGAGGAUGGUGAAAUAUCUGAGGGCGUUCUCCCUGAGAAAAUGUCUUGUGUGAUUCUUCUGUCGCCUCCAUUGUUCGCUCUCGCCAGUCCAGUUCAUUUUCUUCCGCCUCCGGAUUGCCAUGCCAAUAUAUCCUCAACAAGUUGCCGUGAAGCCUUAUGGGCAUUAGAUAGCAAUAUCAAGAGCAACGAUCGACUCCAAGGGUUCAAAACCUUCAUUCUGGCAGCCGAUAACAGCACAGAAACGCCACCAUCGCAACAGCAGGUCAUAGAACAAGAAUUGAAGAAUGAAUCUGUAAGAAGGCUUUACGCCAUUUGGUGGAAGAUGUUUGACGUCAACAACCAGCCAAGUGCGACCAGGAAACUGGAGGACAUAGGGCACGGCAUAUUCCAUGUUUCAUGGGAGUUUGAUAUGCGAUACAAAGCGAAAGCGGGAAGCCUACGAUCAUAA